AUGAGGCCUUCACGGCCCUCCCAUGACUCGACAACAUCGGGCUCUAAUGGGUUCUCAACCAGUCCGUCCAGCAACAUCUCCGAUGAAGCAUCCCGUCGCCGCUCGAAUGGCUCCACCGACUAUCAGAUCAACAACACGACCGAUGAUGCAAAUAUCGUUGACAUGAGCAAGAACGGCAACUAUUCUUCUAGGAACUCCCCCAUUCCCGAGAACCAGCAGCACACAAUUCGACUCUCUAGCAUCGAACACUGCAUGCCGCGUGCCUACAUACGAGUCUGUCUCGCUUACCGUGUGCCUGACCAUGCGGACCUGGACGACCUCAUCUCCAGACUCAACAAGUUCGCUCGGAAGCUCGUCGAUUCGAAGCCCUACUUGGCGGGAUAUGUUGUCCCUGCGCCUGAAUCCAAGACACAGAUUGGUCUCGCCGAGAUUCAGUUCACAGAUGAAGAUUUCAACAACUUCCCCAAGGUCGAGCUACAGUAUGUCGCGGAGAAGGACAUCCCCUACACCUACGAUGAGCUGAAUGAUCGUGCUAUGCCACCCAGUCUGAUCCGUCCCGACCUCGUCUCUGCACUCCCCGAGGGUACGAACGAUGACUUUGCUCCAGUCUUUCGCCUCCAGGCCAACGUGGUUAAGGGUGGUCUGAUCGUGUCGGCUUAUCUUCAUCAUUGCAUCUCUGAUGGUACUGGGCUGGGUCUCAUUCUCACAGGAAGCGUGCUCCAGGACGAUUUCACCUUUGACAGACACCUUGAAGCCAAAGGAUAUGUCACUUCUGGCUUGAACAGACGGUUGGAAGAGUUCGCCAAUCAACAGAGCAUCGUUCGACAGAAUCUAUCAUGGAGCUUCCCCAACCAGAUCCGAGAUCGACACAUUCUAUUCAGCCGACCCUCAGCUUCCACCGAGCAACAGCCUGUGCCGAAGCCGAACGGGAAAGGCUACAUCUUUGCAUUCUCGAGAGACAAGAUGGACGAGCUGAAGCACCAGUUGACAGAAGGGCUCAUGGAUGGGCAGUUUUUGUCACGCAACGAUGUCCUUCAAGCUUUCCUCUGGCAUCACAUGACGGCCGCUCGAGCGCCUGCCCUAGCAUCCACCAAUGUUGUCAACUCCAAGCUGUUCACCCCUGUCAACAUCCGUGCCAAGUUCGACCGCCGGCUCUCUGAAUCGUACUUUGGUGCAGCCGUCGACUUUGCUGUGACCGAGAUGAGCAUCGCCCACCUGUCAAGUGAUGCACCCAGCUCUGCGACUUUAUCCGAGACGGCGCUUGCCAUCCGACGUGCCAUCAUGCGCGUGGACGAAUCAUACAUACGCCAAGCCAUCGCCCUGGCUCGAGAUCCCGAUCCAGACAUCGACGUGCGUGAUCUCAUGGGCAGCAACAUGAACCGUGCCAAGGGUGCAGAUAUGUACAUCACAAGCUGGGAGAAGCUGGGCCUGUACGAUGCAGAGAUGGAAUUGGGUCUCGGUCGGCCGGACUGGGUGCGCAAGCCAUGGUCCAAGGAUCCGGGAGCGUGCAUCAUUCUUCCAAACGACGAUCGCAAACCCUACACCGAGGUGCUGGUGCAGAUGACCGAGGACGACAUGGCUCGCCUUCUACUAGACGAAGCGUUCAUGGCUCGUGUGGUGCGAUGGACGGAGUGA